GAGAGAGACAGCUGAGAGCUAUACUCGCGCGCGAGGGGGAGUAGGUAGGGGGCGAGAGAGCGCGAAGCGAAGAAGGCAUUUCAACAACGACGACGAAACCAGGCGCAGUGUGGCACGGCGAGCCGAGGUCUCGAACGAAGCUUGCACAUCGACGUAGACAAUGGCAACCACUCUCAAUGCUAGACCACGAACGAUCAAGAAGCUGGAAAAGCCUCGGCCGCUGAAAAUCAGCCAGCGCACAACGACCGACACCCGGAUUACGACUGUCGAUGACAUUGUAUCAUUAAUUGACAAUGUUGCUAUGUGUCUGAAUAAUGGCUAUUACGAUCAGUCAUUACAGUCCAACAUUGUUCUCAUGUGUAAUCAUUUAAAACUUUAUUCUCAUCAGUUGGAAAUGAUUUACAAAGACCAGCUAGACAGAGCAUUCAUAGCUAUCAGAAAUGGUAGUCAAAAUGAAAAAUUAGAUAUGACGACCAGAGUUCACUUGCUGGAAUUGAUUGAAUUAAGAGCGAAACAGUGGCAUCACAAUGAAUCCAUGAAUGCCUAUUAUUCUCAAAAGCUAUCAAACUUGGAUAAUCAAAAUGAAUUGCUUUCACCGGAUACGCCAACAAAUUUGCUGACACCUUCAUUGAUGGCAAUGAAUUCUGGAUCGCCUCCUUUGCUGGGACCUGGUGAAGUAAUAAAGAACAGUGGCAAAUUUACAAAACCAACUCGCAUACCUGGCAAAAAUUAUUGCAAAGAUGAAGUUGUCAUCCGUAACAGCGAUUCUGGAAAAGUGAUGGGAAUAAAAGGGCGGCGGGUUCACAUGAUUGAAGAACUCAGCGAGACAAUCAUCUCCUUCCAGAGAGUGAAUCCUGGAGCUAAGGAACGACUUGUCCAAAUUACGGGUACUUCCGAGGACAAGAUACAUUACGCGAAGGAUUUAAUAAAGGAUACAAUUCAACGAAAUGCAUCACCUGUACGACUCGAACAGGGUGGACGAGAAAAAAGUGGUAUUGGAGGAUCCAGUUCUUCUUUGAACAGUAGUGCUUCUGAUGAAAGUAGCAGAUUACAGCAGCAACAUUCGUCAUUGCGCUCUCUAUUUCACAGCACGUCCACCAACGACGCCAGUCUUGGCGAAUUUAUGCAUACCGUCACCGUUGGACCACAUUCUUUGAAAAUCACUGGCAGCAAUUUAGAACUUGUCCGGGCUGCCAAGUUAGCAUUAGAUGAAUAUUUUUCAGAGGAGUCUGAACACACUGGUAGUGGAGUAGAAUAUUUCACAUUUGAUGAUGAAUCGUCAUUUGCGCCUGUUACUCCAACGACACCGCAUACUCCAUUGUCUGCUGGACAGGCAAGUUUUCAGAGAAGAAAUUUGAGUUAUGAUACUGGUGUAACAGUAGACACUGAUAGAUCAAAAGAAGUUUCUAUUCCUGAAAUAGAACCUAAGAAGAAUGCUGUUAUUAAUGUUGCAGAUUCGUCUAGGGAACUUUCAUACGAGUUCUUGAUGCAAUGUGCGAAGGGUCCAUUUGCUAAGCGACCACCAGCUGACUGGGAUCGCAUACAGAAAGAAUGCCCCAACAUAGUUCGCAAGCAUGCUGCUUCUAAGGAUGCAAUGAGGCACCGAUUCGCUGGUUCGAACCGGAAGCAUACAAAACAAAAGUAGCUGCCGCAGGUUUUGUUACGGUGAUAUCUGCUGGAGAACUGUUGGAAAAUGAUCCUGAAUAAAUUUUUGAAAGGAAGUUUCCACAGGAAAAAAACAUGAACCUAAAACUUAUUGGUCAUGAAACAGUGAAUCAAGAAAGCUUCAAAAGGAUAUUCAUACGCCAUGAAAAAGUAUGAGACCGUCUUAGUUCUUUACUUGGUUAAUAGCUAAAAUUUCUACAACUAUAACUUUCUGUAACGAAAAUCUACAGAUAAUUGAGAACUAACGCGUAUGGAACGCACAGUUGACGUGUAAAGUUGGUUGUAAUUUUUAUUCUCUUAAACUGUCUAACGCUGAAUUUGCGGAUAGAGCGUAUUAAAAUAUUUUUCAACGCAUGUUUCAAUAAGCUGUGGAUUUGGUAUAAAUCUAACAACUUUAUUACAAAUAUUUAAAACCGCGAAAUAGCGUCUAGUCUACUUAGUCUAUAAUUUCAUUUUAUAAUUGAAUUAAAUUUUAUUCAUAGAAUAAUAUCUGAAAAAUGAGAAUUAUUUUAUAUUUUAUAUACUAAAAUAAAUGGGUAUCGCGACAGAGCUUCAUGCUUCAAAAAUGUAAAAAAAGUUUUUAAAAGUCAUGUUUGUUAUUUAUGUGUAUGAAGUUCAUCGAAGCUCUUUAUCAAAGGCUAAAACUUGUAUUAUGUGAGCAAUUUACUUGUCCAUUGUAGACAGAAAUAAGGAAAUGACAGAAAUUCCGUGAUAACUUCCAGCCGUUAUUUAAUACAGUUAGUUUCCGAAAAUGUUUUUUAUAGGACUAAAUUUGGUUAUCCUUGUAUAGCAAUAGUUAUUGUUAAAAAAUAUACUACUCAGUCUCGUUAUACGGAAGAUAAAAAAAAUUAGAUAUUAAGUAUAAUUCAACAGGUCUAUUAUGCAAUUAAAAAAGCAAAACCCUUGUGUGCCCUAUCAGAAAAAUGUCUAAGGAUUCUUUUAAAAGUAAUUAAAAAAAAAUACCUAGUCUGAAAAUUGUUUGUGAUUUUGUUGUUUAGUAUUCAUUUGUCCUAUUUAUUUUAUUGACGCCCCACGUACAGACAUGUAUCUUUUUUUCUUCUUACGAUUGCGCGACUUAAUGGGGUCUCGAAAUCCAUGUUAUGUUUGUUAGUUUUCACAGAAUCUAAUAUUUAUUACGAAAACCAAAAUCUAAACCUAUCUACAAAAAUUCUUCAUCAAGGCGUUUUACUAAUUUAUUACUAUUUUCACUAACUUUAUAGAGUAACGAUAAAAGUGUAAUGUAUGAUUUUUCUUUUUUUUUAAAUAAAUUUUAAACAACUGGAAAAUAGUUAUUAUUAUUCAUGACUGAGUUCGAGGAUUUAAAGGAUUACAUUAUAAGCAGAAUAAUGAAGAGGUUAAUAAUUAAAAAUGAAUAAAACUUGUUUAAUCUGGAUUUUGUCUUUUUUUUUUUAUAAAAAAAGCAUUUUAAUCAUAAUAGACAUACAUGUUGUUGGACUUUUAAGUCUCAGAUUCUAAAUAUUCAUAUUUCAGUGCUCAUAAUAAAAUAUUUUAUUAAAAAUAAAGCAGAAUAUUUAAAUAUUUUUCUAGAAAAUCGUCUGCAAUUCUGAGUGAUUUGCAAUAUUUCUCAUCUUGUAGAAAAAAUUAAUCUUAAAAAAUAGUAGUUAAUAUUUAUUGCUAACAAUUGUAAGAUUUCUACCUAGAUAAUAUGCAACGCUAAUGAAAUUUAUACAUAUUGUACCGUUUGUGUAAUAGUGAAUAUUUCGUUAUCAUUUAAACCAUUGAUACAAAUAAAAAUGUCAUUGAAAGUAAUCAUCCUUUUUUUACAAUUGUGCAUUAAUUAUCAUCAUCAGUAUUCAAAUUAACACAAUUUCAGAGGUGCAUAUUAUCUAGAUAAAUAAACAAAAUAGUCUUUUCUCAUUAUAUCCUCAUGACCAUUAACUAAUUAUCAAUAUACCACUCAGUGUCUAUAAUUAUAGUACCUAAUUCUCUGCAAUGAAAAGUUAUUUAUAUACAAUUUAUUGUUUAAUAUUUUUUAUACUUAAAGUAUUAAGGUUUGCUCUGUUGUUACUAGGAUUUGAUUGAGACAUUUAAAUAUUGUGAUCAAUAUAAAAAAUACGAAAAAGGCAGUUCAGCAGUUUUCAUAAAUAAUAUUCUUAUAAUGUGAUGCAUUGUUUUCUAUACUAACGAAGUAACUGAUUUUUAUUAUACAUACGUUUUUGUUUAAAAACAAUAAUGAAGUUUUUUUUCUUAGAAUAUUAAUUUUCUAAUAAUUAAAGAAGUACAUGAAGCUAUGAAAAAAAUUGAAAAAUGAAUUGAAAUUUACUUUUAUCGUAUCAAAAUUAUAGAAAGAUUAUUCACAUGAUUGAAGAUUGCUUAGAUUAAUUAUUUGUGUUUGUGUACAUGUUUAUAUUGUUAUAUAAAUUACUAUUCAUGAAGUAUGAUUUACUAGUUUUAUUAUAACUUCAUGAAAUAAUACAGUAAUAAUGUUAUAGGCAUAAUUAAUUCUUUCAAGAAAAAAUAAAACAUACAUAUACAAGUGUUGAAAUUGAAAGACUUGUAACUCUAAAAGUAUACUUUCUGCCUUAGGAUAUACGCAAUAUCAGUAAUUUUUUUGUCUAUAUUAUAAUUCUAUACAUAAUUCAUGUUUCUAUGCAUACAUCAUAUUAUUAUACAUAUAGCAUAGUGCAUACACAAAAACUCAAUUUGGUGUUUGCAGAAUUCAGUGAUAAAUUUUAAAUAAUACAAAACACAAUUUUCUAUAGGUACAAAGUUGAUUUUGCCUUCAUGAUUGUUUUAUUAACUGUGAAAGAUGAUAUAUGAAAAUGAAUGACAUUCUUUUAUCAUUAUACAAAGUUUCAGCAUUUACAUCACUGUAAUUAUACUAAAAUGAAACAUGGUUAGAAUAUAUAAAAAUAAUACUUCAUACCUUUGCAACUAAUAAUUAUCGUGCUAUUGUACUGCCAAAUAUAAGAAAUGUCGGCAGGAACAUUUAUUAUUUAAAACGUACAUUGCAUUAGCUUGUUUCUUAUUUUUAAUAAAAAUUAUGAAUGAUCUAAAUUUUCAAUAAUUAAGUAACUAACAGCACAUUUAUCAGUGAUCAAUUGGUAUACAAAAGAUUUUAUUAU